UUUGACCUAAUAAGUAACAAAACUAUUAUUUAUUAUAUAUAAUCCCCAAUAUUAUCACUUCAUUAAUUUUUCCCCAAUCCUCUUCAUUUGAUCAAAAAAGUCAUGUUCAAGAAGUCCUUCUUCCACCACCACGACGAAUUAGAGAAUUCCUCUCGAUCUGACACAACCGCCGCCAUCCAGCCACAGUCAGCUAGUGGCGGAUGUUUUCUAGGGUUUAACAAGUGCUUCGAAAUGGGUUCAAUCGUUUCCACCGACCAACGUCGGGAGGAACCUUCAAUCUCCAAACUCAAUCAUAAGGUGUUAGACCUAGAAAGACAAGUCCAAAAGCACAAGGAACUUCAAUUCACAUACAAGAAAAGAAUGGAAAGAACACAAGAUUAUUUGAAACAUUGUCUUCAAAUAGCACAAGAAAAUGGAUUUUUAGACCUUAUUAUACAAAACAAUGAUCCUCCCCCUUCUCCUCCUGGAAGAAAUCCUACAUUGCAACACCACUCCGAACUAGUUGCCCUAGUUGACACAGCAAAUCGAAACGGAUGGUACAUUGCUCCACGUGAGAUUGAAUUACACGAGAAAAUAGGGGAAGGAAGUACGGCCAAUAUUUACAGAGGAACAUGGCGAGGAUCUGACGUGGCAGUCAAAUGUAUAAACCCACACUUCUUCACCUCCAACGACAAGGCCGUGACUUUCUUCGCCCAAGAAAUCGAGACUUUAGCUAAGCAACGACACCGUUUCGUGUUACAACUAACGGGCGCGUGUUUCGACCCGCCCAAUCGCGCGUGGUUUGUGACGGAGCUCUUGACCAUGACGCUUGAGGAGUGGCUUCAUGGGCCGGGCGGCAGGCCCAAACAGCCGAUGACAACGAGAAGACCUGGGCCUGUUCCUUCAUUGGGCUUGAGACUUGCUAGAGCCUUGGAAAUAGCCCAGGCAAUGCAGUAUCUACAUGAGCAAAGGCCCAAAGUGAUCCAUAGAGAUUUAAAGCCCAGUAAUAUUUUUUUGGACAAUGAUUUGCAUGUUAGAGUUGGGGAUUUUGGUCAUGCUAGGUUUUUGAGAGAUGAAGAAAUGGCUCUCUCUGGUGAUACAGGUACUUAUGUGUAUAUGGCCCCAGAAGUUAUAAAGUGCGAAGCAUAUAAUGAAAAAUGUGAUGUUUAUAGCUUUGGUAUCAUUAUGAAUGAACUUAUUACAACAGAAUAUCCUUACAUCCAAAUCCAUUAUGGUCCUGCUCAGAUUGCCAUGGAAGUAGUAGAAGGAAAUCUAAGGCCAAGAUUAGUUGAAGACAAGAAUGAUAAUAUUAUUAUUAGAGAAGUUAUUGACUUGAUUUGCCAAUCAUGGAAUGGAGAUCCUUCUAAAAGACCCUCCUUUACUACAAUCACUUCUCUUCUUAAGAAGAUUAUUGUUAUUCAAAACACAAUGAUGGAAUCUACUAAUACUAUUAAUCUUAAUUUAAUGUAAAAUAUAUGUCCAAAGUUGCAUGUGCUAGAUAACUAUGAUCACAACUAAUAUAUGUGUAAUGUAUUUUUUUUCUCUCCAAAAUUAAUGAGAUUUGAUGA